AUGAACAUGCAGGUGGCGCGAACCAGGAAAAUGUUGAGCUACGAUGAUGCCCGUGAUUAUGUGACGUCCCUGUUCAUCAUGCUGAAGAAGGAAACAGUAAUCUUGUUUCGCAUCGAGUUCCUGGUGGUCCUCGUCACAAUCCUCUUCUUCGCCAUGUUCCUCAUGGAUUUCUUUCGCCGCAUCAUCCACAACUCGUUCAUGAGGGCCGUCUUUAGCGCCUUCGACGCCGCCUCCGACUCCAUUGUCUUGUACCUCCUGGGGGCCAUGCAGUCGGCGCCUUUCAAGAACCAGCUGUUCCCAGUCUGGGCGCUUGUGCUCGUCAACUUCCGUUACAGCGCAGAUUACGUCUCCGGCUAUGGUGUUCCUGACCGCCGCGGGCGGAGGUUCACCGAGUGGAGGAACGUGUUCAAGCUCCUAGGAUCGGUAUUCUUGAACUGGUCCCGUGGAUCCAGUUUCACGGGCCCACUCUGGUCCGUCUGGUGUCUGCAGAUAGUGAGGAGCGCGUAUAGGCUCAUUUCACACAAUCUGGCCUUCCGCUCCGUCUGGCAUGGCAGGAGUUCGCAGCUUGUUGCAGAGCAUAUGCGUGCCACGUAUGACGAUGAUAAUGAUGAUGAUGAUGAUACUAAACCCAAUUCCAGCCCGAUGAAAGACUACAACUACUUGGUGUAUGGAGAAACAAAGCAGGGGUUCAAACUGAAGAAGCCUCAGUAUGCAUUGUCCGCCGACACUACUGCCCGCCGGCGCCGGCCAAAAAGAGGAGGUAGCACCAGCAGCCCGAGGUCCGAGCAGGAGUCGUCGCCACUGGUCACGCUGGACAAGGUCUGGGAGUACUGUCCUAUUGACCAGCCACAGAACCGGGAGAAGGACCUCAAAAAGGAGGGCCAUAAGGAUCUCCCUCUGGCCUUCGCCUUGUCCAGGCUGCUGCGGUGCAGGUUAGAGGAUGUGACGCUGCAAGGAUACAGGAGUAUCUUCACAAUAAACCGAGAGCUGGUCAAGAGCAUAAUCGGCGGGGAGGUGGGCGCCAGCGAUGCCCUCAGGAUCAUGGAGCUGCAGCUUGCGUUCGUCCACGACUACUUCAACACCCGCUACCCCAUGGUGUUCUGGUCUGGCCUCCGGUCUCUCUACAUCACUCUGUGCCUGUCCAUACUGACCAUCGGUGCUGUCUGCUGGCUUGCUGUGGACAUCCGUAAGGUGUAUAAGCCCCCCAGUGGCGAGCUUGCCAAUCUGGUCAAGGGUUUUAAUAUCGACAUGAUCAUUACAUGGGCAUUCAUUGUACUGAUGAUUGCCAAGGAGCUCUGGGAGAUGGCGACAUACUUGCUCUCGGACUGGACAAGCUUAAUCAUGGUGUGUGAGUAUGUGCAGAGGAAGUGCAAGGGGGCCAAAGAAUCUGUAGGUGCAAGGGUGAAUCACAUCUAUUCAGCUAAGAUUACUGACAAGAGGUGGCAUGGAUUCCUUGACCAGUAUGUCUUCCUGCAGUCGUAUGAUGACAGACCAAGGCUUUGGAAUUUUGUUCACAACCUAACUACAGGAAUAAUUCCAAAGAAAGACGAUGGGGCAAAGCUCAGCAGUGCCAUCAAAGUUCCGGUCGUUGUCAAGAAGGCAGUCCUGGAUAAGCUCAGCACAAUGGUGGAGGAAAAACCAGGGUAUGAGGCUUACACCGCACCGCCGAUGAGCACUCAGACCGCCAUGCCGACCAGCACUAGCAUCGUCCCGUGCUCUCACAUUGCUGCAGCCACAAGCAUCCUACCAACAAGCUCUCACAUCAUUCUUGUGUGGCACAUUGCGACUAGCCUCUGCGAGAUGAGGCUUGCAAUCAAUCACGGCGUCAACUUGAGCAACCCUGGGUUCCCGUGUUCCCUCCUGUCUUGGCUGACUUCUUGCUGCUCAUCCAAAACGUAUCUUAUGGAUUUGGGUGAGAAGAAAGGUGGCAUCUUGUCCUGGUUCACAAACUGUUGCUCAUCCAAGUCGAAUGAGAAGUUGUCUGAUGAGCUCCGGAAAUCAUACACCAUUGCGAAUAGCUUGUCGCGGUACUGCGCAUAUCUGCUGGUUUCAAAACCUGACCUGAUCCCUGAUAGCUUUCUUGUUCCCAAUAUAGUGUUCCAAAUAACCGUCGAGAAUGCUCGGGAUGAUAUUCUGAAAAACUGUGAUUCAUUAGAGAGCAGGUACUUGAAAUUGAUGAGCGAAGCAGAGAAACCUAUUCAAGACUCUGAAAAAGAGGAUGCAUCGAAACAAGGUGCGGCGCUGGGCAAGGUACUACUCGAUCUUGAACCUGACAAAGUUGAAGUUCACUGGAAGAUCCUGGCAGAGGUAUGGACUGAGUUACUUAUACACAUUGCGCCCACGAGGAACGCACAGGCACACAGGAAGUGUCUUUCUGGAGGGGAGUUCAUAAGCCACAUCUGGGCAUUGCUUUGGCACUAUGACAUCCAGAAAAGUAGCUUGUGGCCUAAUGAAGUUGAGCUAGGAAACAAUGCUCCUGCAGAGCCUGGUGCCCGAAAUGAAAACAAUAUGGACAAUACAGAGCAAGCAUGUGCACUCAGAAGUAACAUCAUCCAGAUUAGCACUAAUGUUCAUGAUGAUUCGGAUGAGAUCAAGGGGACCCAAGAGCAUGAGACAGGAAACUCGAGGAGAGGACUAGGAAGAACGGAGGGAACAGAGAGUUCAGAAAUUGAGGAUUGGUAUCUGCAGAUACCAGCCAUGGAUCAUCAAACCAAGUUUGCCGUGCAGAGGAUUGUUAUCUCGCUCCAUUCGGAUGGACUGAGGUUCCUGGAAUUGGAGGCUCAUAACAUUCCUGAUCUGGCCAAGGAGGUGGAGAUCAGGAUCUCAGAAUGCAGGGAGAAGAAAAGGAAGGAGAGAUGCAGGAUGGAGAGUAUGGUAUCAAGCUUAAAAAAGGAGAACCAGGAUAUCAGGAGUAUGUCGGAGGUUGCCAUAAGUGAGAAGGAUGCAGCGGAGAAUAGCCUUUGUGUGUUGAAGGGCGAUGCCGAUCAGAGAAGAAGUUCAAUCCUGCAGAUUGCUGAGAAGGGAUUGCAGAAGGUUGGCUUUGGCUCCAUCAUGGAGGUGAUAAGUGGAGAAUCAGAAGAUGACUUGAGCAGCUCCAGUGCCAGUGCAGCAUCUAAUGGAAGAGAAAGUAAACAGGAGGUUGACAAUCUCGCUUCAAUAGUUGGUAAGACACUGAAAAACAUGCACUAUGAGAUCAAUGACCUCAGGUCAAAUUGUGAUCGUUUGCAACUCCUCGCUGCUCAACAGACUCAGAAGAUAAUCAAACAUGAGUCACGGAUACAGGAUCUGAAAGAACAAGAAAUUUUACUACUUCAAAGUGUGGAAGAGUUCAAUGUCGGGGUAAAAGAAGUAGAGCAGGGAGCUGCACGGUGGAGAGAGGCAUGUGCGUUGGAGGUAGAAGCUGGAAAAGCUGCCAUUAAAGAACUAAACCAGGAGGUGACCUUGCUCAGAGAAGAACUGCGAAGAGUAAAAGCAGCCUUGGAUGCUGCAAACAGCAAGAUAAUGCUAAAAGAGAAACUAGCUGCCAGUGCAAUGGCAGAACAAGCUGCUGCAGAUGCAUGCCUUAAGCUUGCUGAUAGUAGAUAUGCUGGGUUACAACAGAGAAUAGAAGAGUUGACAAGGCAGAUAGAUCAAGAAGACACCCAUGCAAGAAAAGAUCGGGAGAGUGCUUGA